AAACCACCUACCAAACAGCCCCUUAUAAUCCCAACCCCACCCUCCUCCCGAUGAGUAGCACUUGGUGCAGAGGACGAUCACUACUCGUAGCUUCCAGAACCCUCAAAACAACACCAACGAAAACAAUCAAAACUAUCAUCACUUCUUCAACGCUGAAGCUGAACCCGAAUCCUACUUCUACAAGAUUCUUCCACUAUCGAACCCGUCUCACUCAUUCAUCACCACCGUUUUUAAUGGCUGCUGCUAGGGUUUCCAAUGAAGGAGGAGACGGCGUCGUUCGCUUCCCUCUGUCUCCUUCCGCAGCUCUCGUUAUUCAGAAGGGAGAUAUCACCAAAUGGUUCGUUGACUCCAAAACCGAUGCCAUUGUUAAUCCAGCAAAUGAGCAAAUGCUUGGAGGUGGGGGUGCAGAUGGGGCUAUACAUAGAGCUGCUGGUCCAGACCUCCUUCAAGCUUGUUAUAAAGUUCCAGAAGUCAGCCCUGGAGUUCGUUGCCCCACAGGAGAAGCAAGGCUUACCCCAGGUUUUAAAUUGCCUGCAUCUCAUGUAAUUCACACCGUUGGACCCAUCUACAAUGCUGAUAGUAACCCUCAAGCCUCUCUGAGAAAUGCAUAUAGGAACAGCUUGAGUGUUGCCAAAGAAAACAGCAUUCAAUAUAUUGCAUUUCCUGCCAUAUCCUGUGGUGUGUAUGGAUAUCCUUUCGAUGAAGCUGCGACGAUAGCUAUAUCUACAGUUAAAGAGUCCUCAAAUGACUUUAAAGAGGUACACUUUGUUCUAUUCUCUCCAGAUAUUUACAAUGUGUGGUUGAACAAGGCAAACGAAGUGCUGAAAGAUUAGUCUGUUAUAUCAGCUAGCUAUGGAGAGAAUUAUGGGCACUUGCCUAUCAUAUCUAUAUGUGCAGCUGUUCUACUUUGAAGUUGAUGGUGGCUUGUGUAUGGAAUUUCCAUAUAUAAAACUUAAAUAUCUAAGGUUGAUAAAAUUUAAGUGACAACUACUUUUGAGAAGAUGUCCUUUCUCUUGGAAAAACGGAUCAUGCUAAUUAUGUGUCAUUGUAAAUUAUACCUGUUUGAAUGCUAGUUGAACUUCUUUCUCCAUAAUGCCCCUAUUAUGUGCAUCUAAUAAUAAGAAACAGGUUCUCAAAUCUUAA